AUGUCAGUGGGUAUAGGACCUCUUAUAUUUAAAGAGUAAAAUCUAGGAACUGAUAAUCUAGAUAAAUUAUAAAAUUAAUUGAACAAGUUUAUUGAAGAAAACUAGAAUGCCUUCAAAGUUGCAAACUAACUUCAAUUAAUUUUUUAUUUUUUAAAUACUUUAUAGCCUAUUUCUGUAUUUUUAUUGUUAAAUGCUUCCUACCCACCAUAACUAUACAAAUUCUAUUAACUCACUGGUACUUUUAUUUUUCCAAGAGUUUCCGAUUAUUAAGACAAUAAUCUAAAAAUGGAAUUUAGCGUAUUUGGGUAUAAUAUAGACUCUGAUUUAUGUGAUAUUUCAGAUUAUGGUAAAUUCAGAUAACUAGGUUUCUGCUAAAGUAUCCUUAUAAACAUACCAAUUUUAUUGAUAAAAUAAGCUGUAAUGAUAUUGCUAAUAGCCAUAAUAAAUAAUCUUCUUACAGUUACAGAAUGA